AUGCCUCGCUCAUCUCGUGGAUCCGUCCGUCCCUCGUCCUCGCACUCGGCCCCCUCGGGCUCCCGCCAGGCCCACACCGCCUCGUACCCCCAGCAGCACGCCCCGGCUCCUGCCCAGCACUACCCCGCUGCUCAGCCCGUCCCCGCCGCUGUCCCCCAGAAGCAGCCCGGCCUCAUGGCCCAGGCCGCCUCGACCAUGGGUGGUGCCGUUGCUGGUUCCGUCGUCGGCCACGGUAUCUCCAACAUGCUCUUCGGCUCGUCCCGCCCCGCCGAGGCUGCCCCUCCCCCUCCUGCUGAGUACGCCCAGCAGCAGCAGCAGCCCAUGAACGGCGCUUCGUGCGACAUCCAGGCUAAGGACUUCACCCGCUGCCUCGAGGCCACCAACGGCGACAUGACCUCGUGCAACUACUACCUCGAGGCCCUCAAGGCUUGCCAGGCCGCCGCCAAGCCCUACUAA